AUGGAGAGUGAGGAAAAAAAGAAUACCUCCUUCCUCGGCAGAUUCUACGAUUUUGUAGAGUGCUACCAACGUGAGUUCAAGUAUGCCUUUUUGAUUGCCUCCUACUAUGCCAUAAGGAAAUUUGUACAAGGGAGAGUCGCAAGUAAGAAUGGAGGGGACAUCCCAGAGGAAUGUCCAGGAAUGGAUAGCUCCCGCGCAGGAAAAUCAUCCGCCUGUGAAGGAUGUCCAAAUCAGAGUGCAUGCGCUUCUGGAGAAUCGCAGCGUGCAGCCGAGGGGUUAAAGGAGUCUGUUUAUAAUUCGCUAAGUAAUAUCGGAGAAGUGCUCUUGGUAAUGUCUGGAAAGGGCGGAGUUGGGAAAUCGACAAUAUCUACUCAGCUUGCAUUUGCUCUCGAGAAGCAAGGUUUCAGGGUUGGGUUGUUGGAUAUUGACAUUACUGGGCCCAGUAUACCAGGAAUGACAAAUACGCGGGGUCAUGAGGUUUAUGAAUCAGCCUAUGGUUGGACCCCGGUUUAUAUUCAAGAUUCGUUGGCGGUAAUGUCCAUUGGAUAUUUACUGCAGGACGAAAGGGCUGCAAUUAUUUGGAGAGGGCCAAAGAAGGACUCGCUUAUUAAGCACUUUUUAACGGGAGUGCACUGGGAGACUCUGGAUUAUCUCGUAGUGGACUGCCCACCCGGUACAUCUGAUGAACUGAUUACCAUUGCAAGUUUGCUUGAAAAGUGUAACAAGAGGGCGAUUUUGGUAACCACACCGCAAAAACGGUCUGUGGAUGACGUUAUUAGAAGCGCUCAAUUUUGCAAAGAUGUAAAUAUCAAGGUCGCAAUGUUGGUGGAGAACAUGACGGGAUCGGUGUUUGACUCAAAUUCUGGAGCGGCUGCCGAUUUAUGUAAAAGUUUUCACAUAAAGAACCACGUAAAAAUCCCCUCAAACUCACGUAUUACGCAAGCUGGAGAAGCUGGAAUCGCAUUGGACAAUUUUAAUCCAUUUGAAAAACUCACAAACUUGUUGUAG